AUGAAUAUAAUCAUAACUUAUACUUUUAAAAUUGAAAUUAUGUAUAAAUGUCAUAUCCAAUGUAUGGCUGCAUUAAUUAUAGAUCACCAAAUGGAGAUACCAUUACCAGAACAACCAGUAUUAAAGCAAUUACCAAAUGAAGGUUUAUAUCAAUAA